CCCGCUAAAGAGAUUGAAAUCGAAACAAAAACCCUAACCCUAGAAAUAACUAAUAAGACGACGUAUAUAACCUCGUAGCACAUUAUCGUGAGUGGCCUUUAUUUCGGUUUUCACAAAGCUGAAGCUGCAGUAGCGCCCUGCUCUCUCACAAUCUAGUAAAUCGUGGAAUAAUCUACAAACAAUGGCGGCCUACGGAAUGAAACCAACGAAGCCGGGUUUGGAGGAGCCCCAAGAGCAGAUUCACAAGAUUAGAAUCACUCUCUCAUCCAAGAACGUGAAAAAUCUCGAGAAGGUCUGUACGGAUUUAGUUCGUGGUGCCAAGGACAAGAGAUUGAGGGUUAAGGGACCUGUGAGAAUGCCAACUAAGGUUCUACACAUUACCACUAGGAAGUCUCCUUGUGGUGAAGGAACAAACACUUGGGAUAGAUUUGAGCUCCGCGUUCACAAGAGAGUUAUUGACCUCUUCAGCUCCCCUGACGUGGUGAAGCAGAUCACUUCCAUUACAAUUGAACCUGGUGUUGAGGUGGAAGUUACCAUUGCCGACUCUUAAAUGUUGUCAACUUUUAUGGCUCUAUUUAGUUUUUUUAGUGAAUCAGAAUUUAUCUUCCCCUCCUGCUGUACCGUCUGCUUUGAAGAUAUAUUUUAAAUUUUAAUGUUUUUGAUGGUUUGUUGUAGGCGAAGACUUUAUUAUGUUUUUCCCAUACUGUAUUUGACGUUAACAAUUAUGUUCUAUAUGUUCUGAGAGGAUUUUGUUUGCAUGCA